CACCAAAGCAAGGAUGGAUUCGGUUGUCUCAUCCUCUCUCGGGGCAGGAACUCGAUUCCUUCUUCUUCUUUCUUUUCUUCUACUGAUAAGAGGCCAUUUCCUCCUGAUCCUUUGAUCCUUUUUUUCGCUAGUCUCUGAUAGUCCGAUAAUUCUCUUCCCUUCUAUCUACCUCUUCUGUCUCCUGGUACCUGGUCACCUCUGGAAUGUCGUCCUACGGUUCCUACUGAGAGCGAUCACUGUGACGACGACGACGACGACGACGACAACAACAACAUCGUUACGGUGGAUAUUCUUCAUUUCACAUCUCGAUGGACCGCUCUCCACCCCCCGAUGAAGAAAGUCGCAUCCCCUCCUCGCCCACGACUGUGGUGGUGAUCGACAGCCCAGAUAAGCGGCCCUCCUCCGCCAGCUCGGCCAGCAGCGACAAGAAACAGAAGAACAGCAUCGAGAAGGACGAGUCGAGUGCUUCGAACGAGAUCACCGACCUCUCUAUACCCCCGAAGAAGAAAUGGUAUCGUCGGUUGAAUCCCUUGCGGUGGAGGAAGAUCCCCCCGUUGCCAGAGGAGAGGACGCCGUCAAGGGAGUAUGGUGCCAAUAUCUUCAGUCUGAUUACUUUCCAGUGGAUGGCGCCGUUGAUGAGUGUUGGAUAUCUUCGUCCCCUCGAGCUACAAGAUAUCUGGACUGUCAACCCCGACCGCGCGGUGGACAUCCUGUCUGAACGGCUUGACAACGCUUUCGAACGCCGUCUGGCGCGAGAGGGCAAAUACCCGCUCUUCUGGGCUCUGUUCGAUACCUUCCGCUUCGAAUUCCUGCUCGGUGGCAUCUGCCAGCUCUUCGCCGCUUGUAUGCAGGUCUUUGCUCCCUACAUGACGCGCUAUCUGAUCGCCUACGCCGAGGAGGCCUGGGACGCCCAGCACAGCGGCCAGCCUGCCCCUCACAUCGCCAAGGGCAUGGGCUUCGCCAUCGGAAUCACCCUCAUGCAGAUCGGCCAGAGUCUGUGUACCAACCAGUUUAUUUACCGCGGGCAGAUGGUCGGCGCUCAGAUUCGCGCCGUGCUCGUCUCUAAGAUCUUCACCAAGGCCAUGAAGCUCUCUAACCGCGCCAAGGCCGGUGGGCAGCGCUCGAAGGAGGAGAUACAAGCUUUGAAGGCGGCCAAGGAGGGUCUCCUGAAGGGAGAAGAGGGGGAAGGGAAAGAAAAGAAAGAGAAGAAAGAGAAGAAAGAAAAGGCAGGCAAAGUAGUUGAAGCGGAUGGGUGGAACAACGGCCGGAUCGUCACUCUGAUGAGUGUCGAUGUGGACCGCAUCAACCUUGCCUGCGGCCUGUUUCAUCUCCUGUGGACCUCGCCAAUCACCCUGAUCCUGACGCUGAUCCUGUUGCUCGUCAACAUCGGCUACAGCGCGUUGUCCGGAUACGCGCUGCUGGUCAUCGGCAUGCCGCUGCUCACCCUCGCCGUGCGCUCGCUGGUCAAGCGCCGCCGCAACAUCAACAAAAUGACCGACCAGCGCGUCUCGCUCACCCAGGAGAUCCUGCAGGCCGUCCGCUUCGUCAAGUUCUUCGGGUGGGAGAGCAGUUUUCUCGACCGCCUCAAACAGAUCCGCCACCGCGAGAUCCGUUCCAUUCAGACUCUGCUCUCCAUCCGGAACGCCAACUUGUGUGCCUCCAGCUCCUUGCCUGUUUUUGCCUCCAUGCUCGCCUUCAUCACAUACUCCCUCUCCAACCAUGCUCUCGAAGCCGCCCCGAUCUUCUCCUCCCUCGGCCUGUUUAACUGCCUCCGUAUGCCCCUGAACCUGCUGCCCCUUGUCAUCGGCCAGGUCACCGACGCCUGGACCGCCAUGAACCGUAUCCAGACCUUUUUCCUCGCCGAAGAACAGGAUGAGACCAUCCAAUGGAACCAAGACAUGUCCCCGGCCUUUAAGCUUGAGCGUGCUUCCUUCACCUGGGAGCAGUCGCCCACGGACUCGUCCAAGGCGGCGGCGGCGGCGGCGACGGCGACGACGACGACGACGACGACGACUGAUAAGACCAAAGAGAAAGCAUCCCCACUAUUGAUCCAAGGCGCGAACAAUGCCGGCGAAGACGAGGAACAACAACAAGACUCAAUGGAGCCCUUUAAACUCACCGAUAUCUCCUUUGAGGUCGGUCGCCAUGAACUGUUGGCGGUUAUCGGAACCGUCGGCUGUGGCAAGAGUUCGCUGCUCGCGGCGCUGGCGGGCGAUAUGCGCAUAACCGGCGGUCAAGUCGAGAUGGGAGCCUCGCGGGCGUUCUGUCCGCAAUAUGCUUGGAUCCAGAAUGCCAGCGUGCAGAAGAACAUUCUGUUCGGCAAGGACUAUGAUGAGGACUGGUACAACACGGUGGUCGAUGCGUGUGCGCUGCGACCCGAUCUGGACAUGUUCCCCAACGGCGACUCGACAGAGAUCGGGGAGCGUGGAAUCACCGUCUCCGGCGGGCAGAAGCAGCGGCUGAACAUUGCGCGCGCGAUCUACUUCAACGCCGAGAUCAUUCUCAUGGACGACCCUCUAUCGGCCGUUGAUGCCCAUGUCGGCCGGCACAUCAUGGACCAGGCCAUCUGCGGUCUGCUCCGCGACCGCUGCCGUAUCCUUGCCACCCACCAGCUCCACGUCCUGAACCGGUGCGACCGCAUCAUCGUCAUGGAUGAGGGCCGCAUCGAUGCCAUUGACACCUAUGAGAACCUGAUGCGCGACAACGAGCUUUUCCAGCGCCUGAUGGCCACCACCUCGCAGGAGCAGCACAAGGAGGAAGAAGAAGAAAUCGAGGAGGAAGCGAUUGAAGAGGCAGUAGAGGAGAAGACAGAGAAGAAGGAGGAGGCGGCCAUCAAGCCCAAGGACUCCUCGGCAAAGAUACCAGCCAAGCCCGGUGCUGCCUUGAUGCAGCAGGAGGAACGGUCGACGGGUUCGGCAGGCUGGACCAUCUGGAAGGCCUACAUCCAGGCGUCCGGGUCGCUGUUCAACCUGGUGCUCGUCGUUUGCUCCUUGGCGGCGGUCAACGGCGCCAACGUCAUGACCAGCCUGUGGCUCUCGUACUGGACUUCGGACAAGUAUACCUAUCUGUCGACGGGCCAGUACAUUGGCAUCUACGCUGGUCUGGGGGCCACCCAGGUGCUGCUGCUCUUCGUCUUCUCGACCGUCAUCACCAUCUGCGGCACAAAUGCCAGCAAGACCAUGUUUCACCGCGCCAUGUACCGUGUUCUGCGGGCUCCCAUGGCCUUCUUCGACACCACCCCGCUCGGCCGCAUCACCAACCGCUUCUCCAAGGAUGUUCAGGUCAUGGACAGUGACUUGUCGGACGCACUGCGCAUUUACCUCUUCACCAUCACCAUGAUCGUCUCUGUCAUCGUACUAAUUAUUGUCUUCUUCCACUAUUUUGCAAUUGCCCUCGGCCCCCUGUUUAUUCUGUUCCUGCUGGCAGCCAACUACUACCGGGCAUCGGCGCGCGACAUGAAGCGGCACGAAUCGGUGCUGCGAUCGCACGUGUUUGCGCGGUUCAGCGAGGCCAUUACAGGGACGGCCUGCAUCCGGGCCUAUGGGGUGGAGAGCGAGUUCCGGCGCACCAUCCGAGCGGCGAUCGACACGAUGAACGGGGCGUAUUUCCUGACCUUCUCGAACCAGCGGUGGCUGAGCGUGCGACUGGACGCCGUGGGCAACACGAUGGUCCUGGUGACAGGGAUCUUGGUCGUGACCUCGCGGUUUGACGUCUCGCCCAGUAUCUCGGGGCUUGUGCUCUCGUACAUCCUGGCCAUCGUGCAGAUGCUGCAGUUCACCAUCCGCCAGCUGGCCGAGGUCGAGAACAACAUGAACUCCACAGAACGGAUCCACUACUACGGUACCGAGCUCGAUCAAGAGGCGCCCCUGCACACCAUCGAGGUCGCUGCGGCCUGGCCCGAGGCCGGCCGCAUCACCUUCUCGGACGUGAAGAUGCGGUACCGCGCCGGCCUGCCCCUUGUGCUCAAGGGUCUCAGCAUGGAUAUCCGGGGAGGGGAGCGGAUCGGGAUCGUCGGCCGCACCGGCGCGGGCAAAUCGAGCAUCAUGUCUGCCCUGUUCCGGCUGACGGAGCUGUCCGAGGGCAGCGUCGAGAUCGACGGCAUCGACAUUGGCCGCGUCGGCCUGGCUGACCUGCGCUCCCGGCUGGCCAUCAUCCCGCAGGACCCGGCGCUGUUCAAGGGGACCGUCCGGUCGAACCUGGACCCGUUCCACGAGCAUAACGAUCUGGAACUAUGGUCUGCCCUGCGCCAGGCCAAUCUGAUCGGCGACGAGACCUCCUCCCCAGACUCCCCGGACCUCUCGGAGGAAAAGUCCCGCCAGCCGAAGCUGACGCUCGACUCCUCCGUUGACGAAGAGGGACUGAACUUCUCGCUCGGCCAGCGCCAACUGAUGGCCCUGGCACGGGCUUUGGUCCGCGACGCACGCAUCAUCGUCUGCGACGAAGCAACCUCCUCCGUCGACUUUGAGACCGACCAGAAGAUCCAGGCGACCAUGGCGGCGGGCUUCCGCGGCAAAACCCUGCUCUGCAUUGCGCACCGUCUGCGCACCAUCAUCCACUACGACCGGAUCUGCGUGAUGGACCAGGGCCAGAUCGCCGAGAUGGACGCCCCCGUGCGAUUGUUCGAGGCUGGGGGCAUCUUCCGGGCGAUGUGUGAGCGGAGCGGAAUUACAAGGGAGGAUUUUACGCUCCCAGUACAUACAUAGCAUACAUCGUAUACGUAACUAGCAUACAGAGUACAUAUUUAGCUUACAUAGAACAUUUUGAAAAUUCUACCAGUUCAACC